AUGUACAGUAUGGAGUAUCUGCAUUCUACAUUCCUCGCCAAUUCAUGAUGCUAUAUUCGUAAAGCACGAAUGGAGACAUAAACUAGCCGACGAACCGAAAGGGUAAACACACGAGCUUCAUAUCCGGAGUGAUGUUGCUGGUGUUGUUCUCGUCGAGGAAAGGUUCGAUCUGAUGCGAUUCACAUGUGCGACGUAUGAUGGAGGAGAGGAAGUUACGAUGUUCAGACAGCUACAGCUACAGCAGCAGGGAUCGCGAGAUGUUCCACCUAUCAAAACAUAAUACAGUGAAGGGUUCCCCGCGUUCUUCGUCAGCUCUCAGUGUACUUUAUUGUGAUCUAUCUGAGGUCGUGAAUGCUGCGCGGUCGGUCGUCAGCGAUUGUCGUUAUACGCUGACUGACUUCAGCUCCGGCCAAUCGUGCCAGUCCACCAUUCCUCGACAAUGGCCUCCUCGGAACCAUUCUCGUUUGACUCACCUCGCGAAUCCGCCGUAAAAGGGGCUCUGCGCUCCGACUUCUUCUACGGAUACGCAACUGCGGCCUCCCAAGUCGAAGGCGCUUGGAACGUUGAUGGCAAGGGAGAAUCCAUCUGGGACACAUUCGCGCACGCCUCACCGUCUCGAGUCAAGGAUGAAUCUACUCCAGACGAUGCAGUCCGCUCAUACCAUCUCUACAAGGACGACGUCAAGCUCUUGAAGAGCUAUGGCGUGAACGCAUACCGCUUCAGCCUUUCAUGGAGCCGCAUCAUCCCCCUUGGCGGCGCCAACGAUCCCGUCAACGAAAAAGGCAUCGAAUACUACAACAACCUGAUCGACGAGCUCCUUGCGAAUGGCAUCACGCCCUUUGUCACGCUCUUCCACUGGGAUAUGCCCCAAGCCCUCGAAGACCGCUAUUGCGGCAUGCUCAACCAAGCCGCCUACACGCCAGACUUCCUCCGCUACGCCGCCCUCUGCUUCACCCGCUUCGGCGACCGCGUCACGCACUGGAUCACCUACAACGAGCCAGGCGUCUACGCCCUCGCCGGCUACGCUGCCGGCGUCCACGCGCCCUCCCGCUCCUCCUUCCGCGACCGCAACCCAGCCGGCGACUCCUCCACCGAGCCCUUCAUCGUCGCCCACACUCAGCUCGUCACCCAUGCCCGCGCUGCCCUACUCUACAAUUCCACCUUCGCCCCGGUCCAGCACGGCUCCAUCGCCAUCACCCUCCACGGAGACUACUCCGCCCCCUGGGACCCGUCCUGCCCGCUCGACACCGCCGCCGCCCAGCGCGCACUCGAGUUCGAAAUCGCCUGGUUUGCCGACCCGCUGUACGGCUCCGGCCCCGUCGCAUAUCCGCCUUCCAUGCGCGCCCAGCUCGGCGCCCGGUUGCCGGACUUCACCCCCGAGGAGCGCCAGCUCGUGCGCGGCAGCUCCGCCUUUUACGGCAUGAACACGUACACAACCUUCUAUGUGCGGCAUCGCGUCGAGCCACCUGACAUCACAGAUCAUAGCGGGAAUAUUGAAAAGUGUGACCAGAACAGAGCGGGUGAGAGUCGGGGUCUGGAGACUGAUACGGCGUGGCUGCGCGCGUGUCCGUGGGGCUUCCGCGCGCUGUUGAGGUGGAUAUGGGCGCGGUACAAGGUGCCCAUCUAUAUGACCGAGAACGGUACGACGGCGCAGGGCGAAUGUAGUGAUGGUAGUGGAGCGCCGGAGACGAGCGUGCUGGACGAUAGCUUCCGCGUGCAGUUUUUCAGGGACUAUCUGACGGAGCUUGCCGAGGCGGUACGCGACGAUGGCGUCGACGUGCGCAGCUACUUUGCGUGGACGUUUACGGAUAAUUGGGGUGAGUGCAUUCAAUCUCCUUGCCGCCAAAAUCGGGGGGAAGGCAAGAUAUAAAGUGGAAAUGUUGUGCUGACCUGAUGCCAGAAUGGGCGGCCGGCUUCACGGAUCGGUUCGGGGUCACGUUUGUCGACUUUGAGAGCGCGGAGAAGACACGGUAUCCGAAACGCUCGGCGUACUUUUUGCGCGACUAUUUCGGUCAUUUGAUCCGGGAGGCGCGGGACGAGGGAGUGGGGGAGGAGGAGGGUG